AAAGGUCUAACUUAACUUUAAGACACCUCUCUCUCUCUCUCAUUUCUCUCUGCCUUAGCUUCAUUCUAAGGCAGAGAGAUCUCUGCCUCUUUAAAAGGAUUUUUCAUAAUGGUAUUUCAGGAUUUUGAUCUAGUUUCCGAGAGGAGAAGAUUAGAAAGGGAACAGAAAUUUAAAAAGAGGCUUACCAUUGCCUUUAUUUCUCUUUUCGCUUUACUUGUUAUAAUUGCUGCUGGAAUUCUUGUCAUUGUCUACGACAACUCCAAACAGAGCACUAAACAACAGCAAGAAAAAGCACCACAAUCUCAAGAACCUGCCAAGAAGGACGGACAAGUCGGUAGAGUUAUUAAAACAGUAUGUAAUGCCACUACUUAUAAGGAAACAUGCUUAAGCUCCCUCAAGAAGGCUGUGGAAAAGAACCCUUCUACAGCUCAUCCUAAAGAUAUUCUCAAGUUGGCUAUAGAAGCAACUAAUGAUGAGGUCGAAAAGGUUUUAGACAAGGUCUCGUCCUUAAAAUUUAACACCCCACAAGAGAAAGCAGCAUUCAAAGAUUGUAAAGAGCUAAUUGAGAAUGCUAAACAAGAAUUGAACCAAUCUAUUUCCCAUUCUGGUUCUGAUGUAGGGAAGCUUCUGAAAAAUGAACACGAAUUGAACAAUUGGCUAAGUGCUGUCAUGUCUUACCAACAAACUUGUAUUGAUGGAUUCCCUGAAGGGAAAUUGAAGUCUGAUAUGGAAAAGACCUUUAAUGCAUCCAAGGAACUUACCAGUAAUUCCCUUGCCAUGGUCUCCGCAUUGACCUCAUUCCUUCAAUCAUUUCAAACACAUUCUAGUCGUCGUCUUCUGGCAAUGGAGCCUAACUCAUCUUCAAUUGAUGAAGAUGGCCUUCCAAGCUGGAUCAGCCAUGAGGAUCGACGGAUGUUGAAGGGCGACGUGGAAGAAGAUGAUAAACCAAAACCAAAUGUUGUCGUGGCCAAAGAUGGUGGCGGAGACUUUAAAACUAUUGCUGCUGCUUUGGCAGCCAUGCCAGAAAAAUACGAAGGACGGUAUGUGAUCUAUGUUAAAGCAGGAAUUUAUGAAGAAACCGUGACAGUAACAAAGAAGAUGGUGAAUGUCACCAUCUAUGGAGAUGGAUCACAGAAGAGCAUUGUCACUGGAAGCAAAAAUUUUGCAGAUGGAGUUCAGACGUUUAGAACUGCAACUUUUGUGGCUUUAGGAGAAGGAUUUAUGGCCAAAGCAAUGGGAUUCAGAAACACUGCAGGUCCAGAAAAGCAUCAGGCAGUGGCCGUUAGAGUCCAAGCAGAUCGUGCAAUAUUCCUUAACUGCCGUUUUGAGGGCUACCAAGAUACCUUAUAUGCACAAACUCACCGCCAAUAUUACAGAAGCUGCGUCGUUGUUGGAACUAUUGAUUUCAUCUUCGGCGAUGCAGCAGCUAUCUUCCAGAACUGCCUAAUUCUAGUCAGGAAACCCAUGGAAAACCAACAGAAUAUCGUUACAGCCCAGGGUAGGAUUGACCCACAUGAAACUACAGGAAUCGUGCUUCAGAAUUGUCGCAUUGAACCGCAUCCAGACCUGGUUCCUGCUAAGGCAACCGUGAAGAGUUACCUUGGAAGACCCUGGAAAGAGUAUUCAAGAACCAUUAUAAUGGAAUCAACAAUCGAAGACUUGAUUCACCCUGAUGGAUGGCUACCAUGGGAAGGAGAUAAAGGGUUGAAGACUCUGUACUAUGCAGAGUUCAGCAACAAAGGACCUGGUUCAAAAACUGAUGGCAGGGUAAAGUGGCCUGGGUAUCAUUUGCUUAGCAAAGAAGAGGCCAACAAGUAUACUAUAGAGCCCUUCCUGCAAGGAGAUUGGAUCACUGAUAUGGGGGCUCCUGUUCACUUUGGCUUAUUUUAGUUAAAAGAUUCUUUUUGCCAUUCUAGUCUAUCUCUAUUAAAUCCAAAAGAUGAACACAACAGGCCUUUUAGAUCACUGCAAUGAGUGCUCCUUUUCUUGAAAAGACGAAAAAUUGAAGACUUUGUUUGUGGAGAAGAUGGCUUCUCCAACAUUACUCUACUUUCUAGUGUGUGAUUUUCGUUAGUACGGCUACAUAAGUAAUGUGUUAUUAUUUUGUUGCUGCUCUUCAAUCUCUUUAACCAAGAUUUAACCAAUUUUUUAGCAUCAUAUAAGGGGGAAAAUGUGUUAGACAAAAUAGUUUUUCUCUCUUCUUCUAUUGAAAAGAUGAUCAUCAUCAAUUCUGUGAUGAUCUUUAGAUUUAGGUUUUAAUUUCUCUCCUUAUCAACCGUAGAUGGGGGAGGUUAUUUGCAACAUGUUCAAAUUAAGUAAUGAAGAAUGAGUUUCAGUGCUGGUA